AUGCUUUGGCUCGUGACGUUGCUGUUGCAAGUAUCGGGCUUGCUACUGUUUCUUCGAGGAUUUUUCCCGUCAAAAACAGUAGAACCCGGCUAUAACCAAAAAGCUAUCGAUGUGCCGCCGAAAUUCGACCGCAUGGUGUUUAUGGUUGUCGACGCCCUCCGAAGUGACUUCAUGUUUUCAAACGAGUCAAGCUUUGAGACCAUCCACAGCUUGAUUCGUGAAGGUUGCGCGUUACCCUUCACAGCCUACUCGAAUCCCCCCACAGUUACGCUGCCUAGGCUGAAAGGUAUCACGACCGGGUCUACGCCGAAUUUUUUAGAUGCUGUCCUCAACAUUGCUGAAUCUGACACUUCGUCGACGCUCAAAAAUCAAGAUUCUUGGAUAUCUCAGCUGAAACAGCAGGGCAAAAGUAUGCACAUGUUUGGCGACGAUACGUGGAUCAAGCUAUUUCCGGGUAUCUUCGAUGUCACGGACGGAACCUCCAGUUUCUACGUAUCAGAUUUCACAGAAGUCGAUCAUAAUGUCACAAGACAUCUUGAUGAAGAGCUAGCAACCAACAAAUGGGAUGUCUUGAUUUUGCAUUAUCUGGGUCUUGAUCAUAUCGGGCAUAAAGGAGGACCCAGAAGUCCUUUCAUGGAGGAGAAACAAAAAGAAAUGGACUCAAUUAUCAAAAUGCUCUACGGCUCUUUGGACGAGAGUACCUUGCUGGUGGUAAUGGGAGACCAUGGAAUGAACGAUGUGGGGAACCAUGGAGGUUCGUCGGCCGGGGAGACUUCGGCAGCUUUGGCUAUGAUUUCCAGGGGUUUCGAUUUGAAACAAGAUGCUCCAUUGCCGUAUUCUAGUGAUUUUACAUUUUACGAUCGUGUAAAACAAAUUGAUUUGGUGCCCACACUCUCACUUCUUUUGGGAUUGCCUAUACCUAGGAAUAGCUUGGGUGUUCUGAUACCGGCCGUUAAAAGCUUGUGGACAGAAAUUGAACAGUCAGUGAUACUCAAAGAUCUUUGUAGCCAUUUCGAUGGCCGUGGUGUGGAGGUAGAGUGCACCGAGCAGGGUCUGUUGUCUGCUCAGGGGGAGCUGAUGCAAGCGUCCAGUGAAUACGUUGAAAAAUACAUGAUCACCGGUGUUUUGCUGCUGAUUCUUUCCGCUAUUGUUAGCGUGUGGUGUACAAUGAGGCUUCAUGUAAAGUUGCGUGAUAAGACAGCAAUGCUUGUUUUCAGCCUUGUUUAUGCUUCAUCUAUGUUUGGCAGCUCGACGGUGGAAGAGGAGCAUCAAUUCUGGUUUUGGUGCACUUCGGCUCUUUUGGUUUAUGGUUCAGUCACUACCAAAACCAACAAACUUGAGUGGGUGAUGUCGCUAGUUAUUCUCAGGGUUUUCCGAGGCUGGCGCCACCCUGGUCAGAAAUGGCCCGAAGGACCCGAUUUCACGCGAAUGUUCCAGGACCAUUCCACAAGCCUUUGGCUACUUAUUUUAGUUGAGUAUUUCCAUCUUUUCCGUCGUCUCAGGGGCGGCCUUCUGGGUUCAUUGGCUGUUAUUGGGUCCCUUGUGUACAAAGCUUCAACUACCUACUACGGAGGUGAGUAUAUUCCUUCCUUUUUAGCAAGGUUUGUUUUCAGGGAGUCUAGGUUGGAUGGUAUCGUGCAAAUCGUGUACAUCAUGUGCGGACUUUUAGCGCUCAUCAAAACAGUGAACGGAACUCUUUCGGUAGAGUUGCUUGAGUUGAUUCUUGUCACUCAAAGCCGCCCAUCCAAUAUCCCGCUGUUACUUUUGUCGCACGCACUCAGGCGAUUUUUGAAGCGGACCGAUAUCAGAACAAACAGUGUUGCAUCGACUUUGAUCUGCAUGAGCAUCGGCUACUCUUUGUUCUUUGCUAGCGGUGGCUCAAACUCGCUAGCCACAGUCGAUCUAGGAAAUGCAUACAACGGUGUCGGCUCAUACAAUGUCACGCUUGUCGGUCUACUCACUUUCGUUAGUAACUGGGUUGGUCCGAUUUAUUGGGCCGUGGUCAACCGUGAUUUAUGCCCCGACCUGCGUAUGCGUUUUGCAGUGCGCCAACUGUUUUAUACUAUUGCUAUGGCAAGCAUCUGUUUUGCAUGUCUUCUUUUGAAGGGGCACCUAUUUAUUUGGACUGUAUUCUCACCAAAACUACUCUAUGCUACAGCAUGGCUUCUCUUCCAACAUGGCCUGGUUGAAACGGUAUGCCCCAUAAUUUUUGACCGAUUUAUGCACAAUGACAAUGUUCUCUGA